AUGGCCUCGAUGAAGCCAACGGUACGGCCGUUGGGCUACUGUGCCAAUGCAAUUAAGGAGUUUAGAUGCCAUGUGCCCCGUCGUCAAUUUCUCCAUACCAUCCAUUCUCCAAGAAAGGAGAAGAUCCCUUUCCCUACAGAAAUCCCGGAUCAAUUCAUAUCACAGAUUCCCAAGUUCUGUCGACCUGGAAGAGCCAACAAGGAGUUAAAGGUCUAUCCGCCUCCAGCUUUCCCAUACGAUACCUGUAAAGACCCCAUUGGCGCUAUUACAUCCGAACAAUUAGCCGUACUUGACCCAACCGGCGAGAGAAAAGCGCUUUUCGACCCUAAGAACCGACAGGGUGCUAAAGUAGGCGACAUUCUUCGUGUUACUUUCAAGAACGGCGACCCAUUCGCCGGCGUGUGUUUGAACAUUCGGCAAAGAGGAGUCGACACCGCAUUUUUACUACGGAACAAAUUGACUAGGAUUAGCUGUGAGAUGUGGGUGAAGGCAUACAGUCCCAAUGUGGCUGGUGUGGAGGUUGUCCAGCGCACUGAGAAGAGGAAGAGACGCGCAAAAUUGACAUACAUGAGGCAACCUGCUCAUGAUAUGGGAAGCGUGGAAAAUAUUGUCCGCAACUAUCUCCGAACGAAACGUAUAUUAGCCGGAGGAGGGGAUCAGAGGUCUCGCAAGCGAUAG